CAAACGGAAGUUAGAUAGCACCCGGUACCAGUUUAGUUGAUGCUGCAGCUAACAGCAAAGUUGUCUUCGGAACCGCAAAGAAAGGCGGACUGGGUCUUCUUUUCUGACACUUUAAUGUUGUGAACCUUCUGCUGGUGGGUUUCACAGAGGUCGAGAUGAGUCUAGAUUUGAGCGCUGAAUCCCGUCUGAAGGAGAAGAAACAGCGGAGUUCGCCUGCAAAAUCCCUUUAAAAGCGUCAGCGGUUUGUUUUUAGCUUCGUCUGUUUUUACCAGUGGUUCGGUUAGUCGUCGGUUUUAAGCGAGUUUACGUGGUGAAAUCAUGGCGUUCUUUGUGAAAAAGAAGAAAUUCAAGUUUCAGACCCAGCUGACCCUCGAGGAGCUGACCGCUGUGCCUUUCGUCAACGGGGUUUUGUUCUGCAAACUGCGGCUGCUGGACGGAGACUUUGUCGCUACUUCUUCCAGAGAGGAAGUUCAUGAGAACUGUGUCCGCUGGAGGAAGAGGUUCACCUUUGUGUCGAAGAUGAGCGCCAACCCUCACACCGGGGUGCUGGAUCCGUCCGUCUGCAGGGUGUCCGUCAGGAAGGAACUGAAAGGAGGAAAAGCGUAUUCGAAGCUGGGCUUCACAGACCUCAACAUGGCCGAGUUCGCCGGUUCCGGCUCCACGGUGCGCUGCUGUCUGCUGGAGGGAUACGACACCAAGAACACGCGGCAGGACAACUCCAUCCUGAAGGUGAUCAUCGGAAUGACUCUUCUUUCUGGAGACCCGUGCUUCAAAACGUAAGUAGGAGCAUAAAUUCAGUUUUUCUCUGAAGAGGCUG